UUAUAUAUUAUCAGUAAUCAACGGCGGCGGGCGUCACUAUGUUUUUGACCGCCGCCUCUGUCGCCGGUUAGUUCUCGCCGUUUUGUGUGAUCUGGGAUUGAAACACGCAAAAUGUUGGAGAACGAAACAAGGGACGCAGAGAAUCAAAAUUCCGCAGAAGAUCCUAUAACAAGGGCUAUAGGAGCCAUCGGCAAAUGGCAGAUAUGGAUCUGUUUUAUAGUAUUCCUCGUAAAGUUUCCCGUAGCCUGGCAUCAAAUGAGCAUAAUAUUCCUGGCUCCGCCGAUGAACUACACGUGUUCAACAAAUGACGAAUAUGACAAUCAUUGUUCAGCAAACUGUACCGAGUACAAGUUCGACCACUCUGUAUUCGGAGACACAAUCGUGUCCCAGUGGAGCCUUGUGUGCAGCAAAGAGUGGCUGAAAAACGCAACACAAACUAUUUUCAUGCUUGGUAUCCUCGUUGGGAAUAUGGUGUUUGGUCACUUGUCGGACAGGUUUGGGAGGCGCUUACCGUUCUUGGCGGCAGUAUUCCUCCAACUAAUAUCGGGAGUAACAACUGCAUAUUCAGUCAACUGGCACAUGUUCACAAGUCUUCGAUUCUUUCUAGCUGUGGCCACUGGAGGCACUAUGGUCACUAGCUUCGUCCUCACCAUGGAACUUAUUGGCACUAAAUACAGGGACGCCGUUGGCAUCCUAUAUCAAAUCCCAUUCAACCUCGGCCAUUUGUCUUUACCACUGUUUGGUUACUUCCUGCGGGAUUGGAACCACUUCCAACUUGCUAUUUCUUUGCCAUCAGUAUUAUUCCUGAGCUAUUAUUAUCUACUCCCGGAAUCGCCAAGAUGGUUGCUAACUGCUGGACGGGACGAAGAAGCUCUGAAGAUUCUGGAAACUGCAGCAAAAAGGAACGGACGCCCAACAGAAGGAAUAUCGUCAUAUACCCAGAAGAUGGCCGUGGAAGUAAAAAGCAAUCCAAAUAAAGAGCGUGCAUCUUUUAUAGCACUAUUCCGUACUCCAAAGCUUCGCGCUAGAACAUUAGCCAUUUGUUUCAAUUGGUUUGUGUGUGGAUUCUGCUUCUUUGGAGUAUCGCAGUAUAUUGGACACGUUUCUGGAAAUAUAUUCAGUAAUGUCGCCAUUUCUGCAGCAAUAUUGGUACCCGGAACCCUCAUAUCCAUCUACGCCAACAAAAUCCUCGGCCGCAAGAUCACUCUCAUAAGCUCCAAUUGUGUGACUGGUCUCAGUUGCUUGCUCAUUACAGUUGUCCCUCAAUCAGAGGCCAGUUAUCUCAUUCUGGGUUGUGCUGGUCUUUGGGGUAUGAGUAUAUCCUUUGCCACAGUAUAUUUAUAUGCUGGAGAGUUAUUCCCCACAGUUGUUAGGAACUCUGGUGUCGGUUUGUCCUCUACUGUUGCUAGAAUAGGGUCUAUGGUCGCCCCCUUCGUAGCUACUUUGGGGCACCGUAGCUCAUGGUUGCCGCCUAUAUUGUUCGGUAUCACGCCACUAGUGGGCGCUUGUCUUUGCUUAAUUCUACCUGAUACGAGAGGAAAGAAACUUCCGGACACAUUGGAAGAAGGGGAAGAGUAAAGAUCUCAUAACUGCCUCAAGAUUAUUUUAUUUAUAUAUAGUAUUCCCAGCACUCUGGAUUGUUUAAUUGUAGAAAUAUUUUGUAAUGUUUAGUCUUUAAUUGAUAAGUGUAAUUGUUGGAAUUGUGUUAAUGAAUCGUUUGUGUAGGCUGUGAUUAUGAAUCUUUAUACUAUAAUUUUACUAUUAAAUAUGAGUAUGAAUAUGA